CCAGUAAGUGAUUGAAUCUCGGCGCGUACGCAUCUCGGUCUCGGCUCGGUAACGGCCCCGCAUCAUAUCCGGUGGUGAAGUUAUAUAAAAAAAGCGAAACGAGAGCAAAAUUUUCUAUUUUCACUCUCCCGGUGCAAGUCGAAUCGCGUGCGAUCGAAGAAGUUACACCUGGAAUUUGCCAAAAAAGCAGCUUGAAUCUAUUUAAACAAUUUUAACUUAAGCAGAAAAAUCGCGUGUGUGUGUGUGUGAGAGUAGUGAAAAGUGUUCAGGUGGAUAUGAUUAUCCUGGUCAAUUUUCCACCGAUCAUCAGCAUUCGUCUAGACUUUUCGGCUUAGCUCAUCGCUCACCGCCACUCUGCUCAUAGGAAAAGAACAAUCGACAGUCUACCACAACCCAGUCAAAUAGUAUGGCCUCAAGUCCUUCGAAUAGAUUCCGCGGCCGGAACAUGCCUGCUUGGGUGCAGACCGAAAGCAGCGAUCGUGUUGGUCCACCGCCUCCACCGCCACCGAUCAACAACGAUCCCGAGUAUGAGGUCAUCGAUGUGGCGAACCAGCAGCAAUAUUCCAAUGCUCCACCUCCAGUACCGCUCAAGUCGCCAGACAUCAAACGGCUCACCGUGAUGAAGUGCGAUCUGUGCGGUUCCGUUGCGCCCGUCGUACGCUGCGAACAGUGCGACCAGAAUCUGUUCUGUGUGUCCUGCGACGAUCGUUACCAUCGACACCCGAAACGCCAAACACAUGUCAGAAAGCCGAUCGAACCACCCGCGGCUGUGUCGCCGGCCCCGAGCAUGGUGAAACCGCCGCUGCCACCGAAAGGUGAGGCCGGAUCGAGCGGGCCACUGCCGCCGCCGAGAAGGAACAAGCGCCCCGGAAGCUUCCACUUUCCCAGUCCCAUGUUUGGCCGCAAGCAGGACCAGCAGACGCAACAUGGAGUCUGUCCACAAGGACAGCCGGAGCAGCAGCAACAGCAGAAGCCGCCUCCACCGCCGCCGAGUCCCGCUCUCUCCUUGCGAGAAAAAAUGAACUCCCUAAAGCGCUUCAUUCAUCCGUCGAACAGGCCACUGCCUGACCCUCCGGAGAAUAAAAUUCAUUCUUCCAACUCAUCCUUGGAUACCGUCUCGAAACGUUCGCCUUCGAUCGGGCCCAACCGAUCCGUUUCGACCACGAUGGAAAAGAUCCAAAGCAAUACGGCCGCCACCUUGGAUCGUAUGACGCUGCUACAGCAACGCUACCGACAGCACCAGGAAGCAAUGAAGUCUGACGGAGAUCGCAGUAGACGAGCGAGUCUUACGUCCAACACGGACCUGCAGUCAUCCGCCACUGAGUCAUCAAACAGCUUCCGCAACAAGCCAUCGGGUGCUUUUCAGCACCAGCAGCUCCAGCACCAGCAGCACCAGCAGCAUCAGCCGAUACCAUCUUCGCAACAGUUGCAUUCGAGAUGGCUUAACCCGCCGGCACCCAGAAUACGAUCUGGCAGUGUUGCUUCGGGCAUUAAUCUACUGUCCGUCCCGGGGGCACCGAACGGACCGGGUGCAGGCUAUGUCCACGAUCUGACGAGCUCACCGGGCAAUAGUAAUGCACCGUCUGUCUCUCCUAUACAGCACUCGGAGUUUGGCGAUGCGAUGCCGCAGAUGCCUAGCGGGCCUCGAAGUCUCAGUACGUUCAACCUGCAUCAGCCACCACCGCCACAGCCCAACAUGUGGGGAUUCAACCCGUUGCAUCAGGCUCAGUCCAUGGCACACUUCAAUCCGAUGCAGUGGAAUCAGAUGAAUGCCUGGAUGGGACGAGGAUCGCAGAACGGGUCCAACAUGAGUCUCAAUCUACCGCACGGAUAUCCACCGCAGGACCCCUCGGGAUAUCCACCAGCGUGGGGCAACGCUUGGAAUGGCAUGUAUCCCUACCCAAUGGGUAUGAUGCCUAUGAUGCCAGGUGUCGCCAUGCCUCCACCAAGAUCCCGAGCGAACUCCCGAUCGCGUGCUGCUUCACCGGCACUCAGCAUCAAGUCACGUAAAUCCACCAUGUCCAUGCGCAAUCUCAACCGCAACAGCUUCAUCGACGACCUUACCGACGAUGAAGAUUCGGAUGAUGGAUUCCACCGCUCCCGAGGACGUGGUGGUGAUCGCCGCCGCCGAGAGCGUCUCAACUCGACCAGCAGCAUCGAUUUCGACGAACCUGAACUACAACCAGCACAAUCCUUCGUGCGUGCAUCGAGUGUAAAACAUUCGCGGUUCAACCGAGAGCGUCGUCCGGGGGCUGGAUCCUCAGCUCGUUCGCUGAUCGAUUACCCAGUGUCGAGAAAGAUCACGGCUCCGGCUGCUCGUUACGAUCGUGAAGAGUUGACACGCGAUCGCUUCGACAAGAUGUCUCUUUCAUCGCCCCGUAAAGAGCCAUCCGAUUCCUUCACCAACGAGUCCGAUCUUGAGCCGGAAGGUCGACGUGGCGCCUCGAAUAGAUCACGCUCCGGCAACGAAAGCAUCAGUUCACCGCGCAAAAUCAACUCCGAUUCGCUGACGAACGAUUCCGAUGCGGACUUUGAGCGUAGACGACAGGCUAAACUGAAGGCGGCUCAGAACAAUCUGACCGCUUCGAGGCGCAUGACAUCCGAUUCGCACACGAACGAUUCCGAGCCGGAUCAGGACCGUCGCAAACAGCAGAAGAGUAAGGCUGCCCCAGUACCUCCAGCAACAAAGAAACCCAUACCAAGCUCCGAUUCGGACGGGCGUGAGAAGCAGCGACGAAAGAGUGACACCAAGUCCCCGAGCUCCAAAGUUGUAGGUGCCGCGCCCAAAAAGAUCCCCUCCGAUUCACACACACCGGAUACGGAUGGAUCGGAGCAGAGAAGACGUUUCGCCUCAAAACAACAGCGUCUGCGUAAGAACUCCAGCACCGAGUUCAUCGCCAACGAAUCGGACGAGGAAAAGCCGGCAAAGAAGCCCGAACCGGAACAGAUUGUAAAUGGACUGCUCGAGUUCCGUACCAUCUCUCCAACGAAAUCGGAUUCUGACGAGCAGAGGCAUCUGAAGACGGUCGAGAUCAAGAACAUCAUCAACGACACCCGAUCGGAGGUGGAGUACGACCACACGGACAUCCCGGAACAUUCACCACCUCCGCCAGCCCCCGUCACACCGGACCGUGAGUGGGAGUGUGAGUUCUGUACGUACGUCAACGAGCCCGGCGUGAAGAUAUGUGCCAUCUGCUGCAAAACGGCCACGAUCGGUGUGGUAAGCGGUGUGGCCCGGUCGGAGUCCGAACCACACACUCGAUCACCGCCACCAGACGUUGUCCAGGAGACGCCUCAGGUUACCGAGGUGAAGCUGCAGAUCGUACCGCCCCAGAAGCCGACCAACGGUAAGCCCCCAGGAGAAACGAAGAAGAAAGAUGUUGACGACGAGAUGGACACCGAGAUGGACCAGGUUGUUGGGGGCGAGGUUGUCAAGUCGUUUAGCGAUGGGCUCAAGCAGGAAACAGUUGAGAUUCCCACUGACGAAACUGACCACGUUGAGAAAAGGAUUGUUAAGGAAAAGGUAUCCACAGGUUGCGGUCCUUCGCCUCCGAGGGAAAUUGUUGAGGUUCGAGCCAUGCCAGCGACGGCAGAGGAAACAUUGCGAGUCAGAGCUUCGAUCGGGACAUCACCACCUCCACAAGAUAUGUCCACUCAGACAUAUGACUCAUUUGAGCAGGUGCGUCAUGAAAUUGCCACCCAACAUCAAUCCGUCGAUAAGUCCGACAGCGAACCGCCCCAGGAACAAACCCAAACAACGUCAGCACUUUACAAGCGAUCGUACUCGCUUGCCACACCGCAGCUUCUCCAAGUUGAGCGUCCUGCAAGUCGCAACAGCAUCUCGAGCGAUACGCAGAGUCUACCACCAUCACCACACGAACUGAGUCCUCAGCCAGGUCUGCAGAGCUCGUCGCGGUACCACGCCAACCAAGCACUGCAUCAAACGUCCCAUCCGUCACAACCAUCAGCCCCAUCUCAUCGCUACGGUCAGCAGCAGGAUGAAAGCCUAUCCUAUCUGGACCGUGCCAUCCAUCAGAUCAUUCAAACGGCCGCGACUCAGACUCUCGGUGCUACGGGCCGUCCGGCAGCAGUUCCCGAGGAGAACAUGUAUCGCACAUUUAACGAUCUACGUCACAUAGAUUCGAAGGCACCGGUGAAGAUCACCACACUGCCUGCUGGUAGUGGACAACCGAAGAAACCGAUGGUGACAAUGCAAUCAAAAGCCAUGGACGACCAUCAAGAUCCCGAGGAUGCGGUGCCUCAGCUCGCGAGAGAGCAAUCCAAAGAGAUGCAGAAUGGUACAACAACUAAAGAAGAGCCUUCGGAGAUGACACUUCUUUUGCGGGAAGCAGAGCGAUACCAAUUUACCGCCGAAGAGUUGCAAGCUGCUAUGAAUCACUGUGGCGAGAAGCAUCCGGUCCAGUGGCUUCGCAGCAACUGGAACAAACUGAUCGAAACCGUACAAACAUUGGCCACCAAGUAUGGGCACGAAAAGCGAGAAAACACCAUCGGCACCAUCUCGACCGUGGAAGCUCGGGAAGCACUCAAAAUGCAUAAAGGCAACAUCUGGCGUGCGAUCACGGAAUGUAUCGAGCAGCGGCAGCGCAAAUAUCGUGAGAUCGCCUCGAAGGGCAACUUCACCCGGGAGGACAUCGUCACCAGUCUGACGGCGCACCACGGCAACCUUGAGCUGGCGCUGGUCGAGCUAAGCAAAACGCAGCUCAAACCGUUCCUGAUGCGCAUCUGGGGGCCACCGAGCGGGGCCGACAACGAUAGUGGCAACUUGCUGCUACACCAAGCGCUCCAAGAGGAUCGCACCGGAAUCAGCAGCGAAAUUCAACAGUUUAUCAGUGCCCAUGUGGAACAGGAAUUGCUUGGAGUAGGAUCAGCGUCCGAGAAACCAGAGCAAGCUCCGGAGCAAGACUUGCAAUCCGCGAAAGAGGACAUAGAGCCUGAAUUGCAGGAGCUAACGGAACACGAAAACACAGCACCAGCAACGUCAUCACCACCUCCGGAGGAAGAUCCACGCGAAGAGGUAUGUGAAGAACGCGCGACAUCCGCUUCCAAUACGGAAAUAUUAAAGGACAUCGAGGCACUGAUCAUGCAAAUGGAACGAAAGCAAGAGUCCACCAACGGAACGGUUUUGCGCAACAUACAGCAACUGCUCAGCCAGCUGGUAGACGCCGAACCCAGCUCCAGGUCUCCAUCGGCAACCUCAAUACGAUCGCAGGCAAGUGAUCAGCGUAUCAUGAGCAAAAGUCCCAUUCCCGUACGUGCGAACAGCAAGCCAACUCCGAACCAUUCGCCCAAUCCCGAUCGAACCAUCGAGGACGACGUACGUGACUUUGUACAGGAAAACAUACAGGACAUCCUGCCGAACCUGGUCCAACAGGUGCGGCAGGAGCUGGACGCGGUAAAGGUGAAUCUACGGACGAAACCAAAAUCAUUGGAAGACGACAUACGCGAGACGUUGAUGCGGGCCGAAUACACUGAGAACGAUUACAGUAACAUUCAUUACUUUCCAUUCGAUAAAACCGACGACACGCCGGUAGUUUUCCCCGAGCGUCAGCCACCGACGAAGGUGAAGACACAACAGUCAUCAGCUCCAGAUGAAAUGGAUGAGUAUGCCAAUAUUCAGAAAUUUCUUGAACGUGCGAUCCGAAACGAGAAAACAACUACCGUGUUUGACCAGAUGAAGCGGAGCAGCUAUCUGAUCGAUAGCAGCUCCGACGAAGCACGUCAAACGGCGGAGUCCACUGACUAUUACGAUUUGGUGUCGAUCAAUGAGAAGCUGAUGCAUCUGUUCACUAAGGCUCCUUCGAAGGAGCUUCAACCAGUACAACAGAUCGAGACAGAAGCGAAGAAUUCGUCUAAUGAGGAAAGGCAUGCAUCUCCACAUCUGGUCAAGAAUCACGCUUCUUUAGCUAAUGAUCAAGAGGAACUUCCCCAGCAAGCUGCCCAAGAGUUAACGCCACCAGCAGAAAUAGCAGCUGAGAAGAAGGGAGUCAAGAAACGACGAGGAUCGCGCAUUCCCGUCAACAAGAACAAUUAUCUCUACCGACGCCCUGUCAAGAGCUCUUCGGAGAGUGACUUUGAAGUACUGGUCACAAACUCGAAACCAAUUCAAGCCUCCAUGGUUGCUAUCGAUCAUGUGGCGGAAUUGCGACACGUGGUGGACAAUAUUGAGCGGAUCGAGCAUGCCAUUGAGGUAGGAGAUGAAGUCGGCGAAGGAGAGGAUCCGGAAGAUUUUGAGAUCAUAAAUGAGCCUAUCUACAUCAAUCUGCCUCCAAAGCGAGAUUCUUCUGAGGCGGAUAAUGUGGUUGAACCACAACAGGUUGUAAUGCAUGAACCGGACUCGAUUGCUGGUGCAAUAACGGAUUCCAGUGCUGUAAUCGAUUCAGUCAGGGAAGAACCUAAACAACUAGCAGUGAAAGACCCGGUACUGGAGAGUCCGAACACAGCUGAAGAAGCUCCUCAGCAAACAAUCAAUACUGAUGCUGUUGUGAUUAGUGCACCUACAGUAGAAGAGCCUAAAACGCAAGAUUCUACAUCUGUUGUGCCAAGUAUGGUAGAAGAACCUCCUCUACAACCUUCAGAACCAGCUAUUACUGCUGUUAUUCAGCCAGUUGUAGAAGAACCAGCGAAGGUUGAGCCUCAAGAUCUUUCUUUGAGCAGUUCGAAUAUGAGCCAGGAUCAACCGAUCAAAACAAAUGCUGCCGAAGAGAUCCAGCCAGUAGCUGAAGCUUCAAUUUCAGAUAUAAAGGCACCAAAUCUGCCAGAACAACCACAAAGUGAAGUGAUUCAAGUAGAGAAGACUCUAGUAGAGGAAACUCCAGCUAAUCCGACUACAGUAAUAGAGCCUCAACCUACAGCUUCUGCCCCCGUUACAAACGAUCCUGUCCCGGAUACAUCGUCCAUAUUAUCAGAAGAUAAUGAAGAAGAAGACGUAAUCAGGCAUAGCUCCAAGCUCGCCAAUAAUCUUUCCGAGCUAGUUCUGGACACCAAGCGGCUCAUUCAACAAAUGAAGGACGAGAUCAACUCCGACAUAGCAACGUUCAACGAGGAUGACGCAGCGUACGGGGAAGAAUAUUACGAGGACGAGUACGAAGACGAAUGGGAAGGCGAGGAGGAGGAGGAGGAGGAGGAAGAAGAGUGGGAUUCCAACGAAGAGUACGAUGUGGACGAGAAUGGAGAUUUCUACGAGUACGAAGACGAUGACGAUGAUGGAUCGGUAAUGUUCUCCGAGAUGACCAUCAUCGAUUCUGCCAACGGAAAAUCAAGAAGCGUCGAGCAACCGCCCAAUGAAGUGAUCCCAGUUCAAGAACCACCACAGAUGAUUCUGCCCAUCAUCAAUAUGGCGGUCGUAAGGGAAAACGAACGAAACAGUGCCUCGGAGGUGAGCGAUCUUCCGCUGGACAGUGACUUCAACGAUGCGAUGAGUGUGAUCGAACAAUCGGUCGGUGAGCUAAGAAACAUGCUACACCUAACCGAGCAAGCGCUUGGUCCUUUGGAACUUGCCUCUUCACUGCAUCAUGCUUCCAGUGUGGAAACGCUUCAAAACAGCCCAGAGCAGAGCGAGAUAAGUGAGAUCACCCUGGUGCCUGAGAUACACAAUACAACCGCGGGAGAAGAAUCAAGCGAUCGGACGCUGGUGGCGGACGAGAACCUUCCGAUGACGAUGAAGGAUGUGCAAACGUUGAUGAACGCCAAAGCAGUUAUUGGAGGCUUUAUCAAAAUUGUACAGCAAAUAGAACAAACUGGUGAAGAACGCGCGAUGCAGGAGCACGUAUCGUUGCCAGAGGAAUCGCCAAUGGUGAUAUACGAUUCGGUGAAGACAUCCUCAACGGAGACGACAGAUAAUAAGCCACCUUCUGUUAUUGAGAGGAACGCUGUGAAUGGGACGAACGCUAUCCUGGAGGAACCAAUCGGCACAACGGAUGAAACACAAGAGCAAGCAAAUGCUGAAGCGAGUGUUUUUAGUGCAGGCCCUCAUAAUCAAAUGGAGACUGCAGGAAGUAAUAGUACUGAGGCUCCAAUCACUCAAGCUGUUGAAGAUACGGCGAGGAACCCGCAAUUGCCGACUGUUACCCAAGGUCCAGUAACACCUCCUCAACCACAAGAUGUACCUGAAGAUGUCAAGCUGAACCAAAGUUUAGUAAAUCCAGCAGCUCCUCGUACACUCUCUGCAGAAGAGCAUCCAGUGACUGACGUUAUAAACACACAAGAUCAUACGAAUGUUUCAAAUGAAACGCAAUCAUCUCCGAUUGUAGCUCCUGACGAAUCCCAGAACAUACUUUCGAAUCAGCAUGCAGCACCCGAGUAUGUCAAUGCAAACGCCUUAGAGCUGGCUGAAGCGAAUGGUCCUAGCUCGGCCAUUCCCGAUUACGCAACAGUAUUUAAAGCAGGAGCCAAACUUCAAGUCAUUGAGCCUGCAGUAGAAGCAGCUGAUACUACAAACCAGAAUCCAGAUAAUCAAGAUCCAAUUACUAAUCGAGAGAGUGAGCAAACUCCUGGAACAGCAGCAGAAGCCUUAGAAACACAGAGGAGCACUUCAAAUGAAUCAGAAAUCACGUCAGUUGCUAGCCAAGGUACUUCCGUACUGCCAAUCAAAGAAGAACCAAACGUUGGGGAGAGAACAGCACCCGAGGCUGUUGAUUCUUCGGCCACGAGUUCCCAAGAGCCGCAUGUAACGGAGGAAACUCCAGCGGCUGAUGUUGCGGAACGUGUUGUUAGCAACUCACAGACUGAGAACACGAUCAGUACAACUGUUCCAGAAACUACUCACAAACAACAAGAUCCUGAGGAUCCUGCAAACUCAUCCAAAACCAACACACCAGUGACAGACGAUCAUCACACUGAAGCUCCCAUUACUACUGCUAGUAUAGCUGAGCAGCCUUCAUCGGAGCUAAAUACGACCCAUUUGCUCAACGGACAUGCACCGGACAAUCGUACCCAAUCUCGUGCCUCUUCCGAAGAGCCUUCAUCCAGCUUCGUCGAAAUACAACCAUCACAGGUCAUUGUUCACACACCCCAAACGGAAACUCUUCCACCACAAGUCGUUCCACUCGAAGCACCACCCCGCACCACAAACAUCUACCAAAAUGUGGACAUUCAUCCCCCCGCUUCAACCACCACUACCACCCCCGCUACUACCCCCAUCAAGAGUCCACCCACCCGCUCAAAAUCGAAAGCCCCCAAACUAACCGUUAAAGUUGCAUCCGCCGCUACUUCGCAGUCGGAGGAUGGUGCCUCCCCGACAACGCCACCAACUCCCACUGGCCAGAAGGCUAACGCCAAAGCUUCCAAAACUAAACUCGAAAGUAAGAAGAAAUCCACCACCACCACCACCACCGCAAACGCCUCAUCCCCCACGGCCGAUUCGACCGGCCGUCGGCCAUCGCUCACGCGCAAGAAAUCGAUCGGUGGUGGCGUGUUUGGACCGGUGCAAACAAACACGGUCAAGAACAUGCAGAAAGAGUUCCUGAACAAGGCGAAGGAAUCGCCCAAACCGAGCACGUCCAAGGUUACGCCCAAACCGGCCAAGCUCGUACAGCCGAAGGCGUUUACCGCCCGCGCGUCCGCUACACCGCCCGCUUCCACGAGCAAAGCUGCCACACCGGCCUCCGAGGAGGCUAGUACCUCCUCGGCUAGAUCCACGCCCGGGCCGAGUGAACCGAUGCCGGGCAGUUCGCGCGAUACGACGUACAUGUGCGAGAAGCUGCUGAAGAAGAAGUAUCGCGAAACGUGCUUUAGCGAUGAGUACCAAACGACCGAUGACGAGGACGAAAGCCGGAUGACGAUCACCGAAAGCGAGCGCACCAUUAUCAAGAGCCUGGUGAAACCGUACGAACCGAACAGUGACCCGCCAGAAGUCCAGGCGAAGCAGCUGCUAGAGGAUGGUCUAGUACAAACUCAGGCCCAAGCAGAGCUCGCCGUGCAGCUGAUUGAGCUUCGAUACGCCCGAGAUAACGCGAUCUGGGCCGCGACACAGUGCCACACGAUCGAUGAAGCGCGAGAUCUCCUGCAAAAGGAAUGUGAACUUUGUCUCGGUGUGUUCCCGAUGAACGAGAUCGUGUCGAUGCUGAAAUGUACGCACACUUGCUGUCUCGAAUGUGCCAAGGAGUACUUCACGCAGGAGAUCACCAACCGGUCGAUCACCAACUGCAACUGUCCGUACUGUAAAGAGCCGGAUCUGAACGGGCCGGACGUGACGGAAGAUGAUGUGCUGGAGUACUUCUCGAACUUGGACAUUCUGCUGAAGAACAUUGUCGACGAGGAGGUGCACGAUCUAUUCCAGCGCAAGAUCCGCGAUCGUACGCUCACGAAGGAUCCCAACUUUAAGUGGUGUGUCCACUGCUCGAGUGGAUUCUUCGCGCGGCCCAAGCAGCGACGUCUGGUCUGUCCGGACUGUGGGUCGAUCACUUGUGCCUCGUGUCGGAAGCCGUGGGAAUCUCAGCACGAAGGAUUAACGUGCGAUAAGUUUGCCGAGUGGAAGGAAGCAAACGACCCGGAACUACAGGCCGAAGGUGUUCAGCGUCAUCUGCAGACGCACGGUAUUAGCUGCCCGAAUUGCAAGUUCCGCUACUCGCUGGCCCGUGGAGGUUGUAUGCACUUUACCUGCACGCAAUGCAAGUUCGAGUUCUGUUACGGAUGCAACAAACCGUUCAUGAUGGGUGCCAAGUGUAGUGUAUCGCCGUACUGUGCCAAGCUGGGGCUGCAUGCCCAUCAUCCGAGGAACUGUCUGUUCUAUCUGCGCGACAAGGAGCCUCGGGAUCUGCAAAACUUGCUGCUGAUGAACAACGUGUCCUUUGACACCGAGCCUUCGGAGCAAAUGAAACAGGAGCUGACGAAUGGAGAAGGUGCCAUCAUGAAGUGUCCCAUUCCACUGCAAAAGGAAACACCGGCCGGUCUGAUGGAUAUGAUCUGCAGUGCAGACGUACCCGAGAAUCAUGCCGGAUUGUGCAGAACCCAUUACGUUGAAUAUUUGGUCGGUACGGUAUCGAAAGCGCAGAUCGAUCCGCUACCGAUACUGGAUCUAACCGAUUGUGUCCAAGAGUUGCGCCGGCGCGGCAUACCACUCCCGGAACGGGGUCCCUGGGACACCGAUGAAAUUUAUCGGGAAAUGUGCCAGAAGCUCGUUAAGGAGAAAAUUCCUCUUGACAAUUAGCCGAAUUGUCCAGUGAAGCUGAAGGAUCCAGCUACCAACGGAUAAGAUAAAUCUACUUGAUUAUUUCAUAGGAAUUCAACGACAGUGCUAGAGGACUGGCCAGCCUGCCUGUCCUAUCACCUUUCAACCAACGGGGUUUUGUUAAACUAAGAAACAUAUGCAUCAAAUAAAUUUAUCUAGACAUUC